UGGAAAAAUGAAAAAGCAAAAUAAUGGAUAGGCACGCGACCGCCACACGACAUAAAUUUAUUUAAAAAAAAAAGAUAACGGGAUUGAAAUUUGCGAAAGAUGGACGCAAACAGAAUUUUGCAACAAUAUGUUCUUAUUAAGCCAAAUACAUUGUCUUUAAACGGGCAUUUCGAUACUCCUCUGCAGUCAUUAGAUAACCUGCAAAUCAUUAAUAGAUCAAAUAUGACGAAUGGAAAGUUGAAUUAUCAGUUUAGUCACCAACAGCAACCAAUUGGAGGGAAAUCGGCGGGGAAGAAACCUCUGGUCAUGUCGAAGAGAAAUGCUCGGGAACGGAGGCGAGUUAAAAUGAUUAAUUUAGGAUAUGAAACUUUACGAUUGCACGUUCCAGGAGGUGCGGAAAAUAAAAAACUCAGUAAAGUUGACACUUUGAGACGAGCGGUUGAUUAUAUAAAAUAUCUACAAACAGUAUUAGAUAUGGACAAUUCAUGUAUGUCUCCAACAGAUAUUAAAAUAGAAAACUGUAGUGAAGAUGAAAUUUCAAGUCAAAGUUCAGAAGCUACGCCGUCACUGUUAAAUUCAAAUACUCAGUUUGAUCACAUUCCUCAACCACACACUAGAUUGAGUGAACCUGUCGACAUCGAGACAUCUGCCGAGGUCACGACGAGCGAGCCCGAGAACGAAAUGUUUAUAGACAUUGCCGCUUGGUUAUUGAAGACACCCACCAGUUUUAAAACAAAUAGUAGAUUAAAAGAUAUGGGUCCAAAUGAGCAACAAUUGUUCACAACUAUGAUGUGAAGAAAAGGUGCAUUGUGGGAAACAUUAGUGCUUUGUUUGGAAGAAAACUGAUACAUUCUCCAGAAGUGUUGAUGGACAAUUGAAAUUAAUAUCUUUGUUUAUUUUUUAAAUGUUGAUGUCAACAACGAAAUUGAUCUCCAUUGUUAACUUGCCAUCUUAACAUUUCACAUUUUUUAUAUCGCUCAGGGAGAUGUUUGAAUAGCGAUCUUCAUCAGAAAUAUUUCAAGAUCGGACAUUUAUAGGCAUUUGUUUGUGAACCUAGUAAUUUACAAGUAGUUUUUUAUACAUUUAAAAUGCAUAUUAACUUUCAGUGCUCAAAAUACGUUGGCAUUAUGUACUAGUUUUAUACAUUGGCAUUAUAUAUACUUGUUUUUUUACUGUAAUUUACAAUCAGAAAGUAUUUAUUUGAGAGCUCAAUUAUGUCAAAAUGUAUGUUUAUGAAUAGUCUACUUUCCAUGAUCGUUGUUCGUAGAAAAGUUAAAAUAUAUAAAUCAUGCUGUUAUAUUUGUGUCAGUUAGAGAUCACGCCGAAUUUAGUUUUUUUCCACGUGAUUUUGAGUCGGUCUUAGUAAGUUAAGAUCAUUUCAGUAAAUGGGUUCUACCAACUUAAAGACAAAAGAGGGAGAGAAAAAGGGGGAGGACCAUUUUAUUAUCAGAUAUUAGCUGAUCUGAUAUGGACGAAACAGAAUACGAACAAGCAAAAACUUCAACAACGAUUCUGUAUAACAGAUGCACAUACAUAUCUACCACAGAUGACUUCGGUCUAAAAAUCACACAACCGAAACCACCAUAACUUCCACAUAUUUUUCUGUACGAGUUGUGUUCCUAUUUUACUAAAUUAUGGUAUAAGUUUCUUUUAUAUAAAAACAGUGAUUCAGUUUGGGCAUUUCCUUUUCAACAAAAAAAAAAAAAGAAGAAAA